AUGCACGAAGCCGAGGCCCUUCGCGCCCACCUCGCCGACGAGUCCGCCGCCCGCCGCGCCGCGGAGCGCGCGCGCGAUCAGGCCGUCGUCGAUCGAGACGACGCACUCGCCGACCUCGAACGCGUGCGUGUCCACCGAGACCUGGUCGAACGCGAGGCGGGCACGACGCGCGCGCGGCUGGAGCAGGCCCUCCAGGAGUGCCUCGCGCUGCGCCAGCGUCUCAGUGCGAUCGGCAUGCUCGCCGCCAGCGCGGACGAGGUGCCCACCGCAUCGGAGGCCCCGUCGCAGCGGCAGCGGCAGCUCACCCCAGAGUCUCGCCGUCAACCCUCGCCAGACCGCUACCUCCCCCCUCCGCAUGCUUCCCAGGCCCCCACGCCGCCGUACACCCGCGGCACCUCGCACCACAGCUCUUCCGUACUCAGCUCAUUCCCCAGCUCCACCCACCCCUCCGCCUCCGCUCCCAGCCGCUCAAACACCAUCAGCCCGCCCACCACGCCUCCUGAGAGCGGCAUCCGAUCCACCGUGGAUAUGGGCCCGCGAUCGGGCGGCGGCAACUACGCCGCCACCGCCGCAUUCGAACUUCGCCCCACCGUCGGCCCCGCCGCGCCUGGUUUCGCCUCGUCGACGGGGUUUCCGACCUCCGGCUAUCGGCGCCAGCGCAGCGCGUCGACGGAGGGCGAGCCGCCGGCGAAGCGUCAGCAUGCCGCCUCGGCGACCGAGUGGCAACAGCCCCAAGGGCACCGCGUUAUUCGAUUGCCCGAGGACGGGCGCGUGCUAUCGCAGCCAUCAUGCUCCGUUGGUGUCGCGCCGCAGGCGCAUUCUCCCCACCCGAGCCUGCAGCCGCACUCCCCGCACCCCAACGUCCAGCCUCCUUCCCCCCGUCCGAGUGUCGCGCACUCAAGCCCGCUGCCCUCCAUUCCGUCUACACCGGAGCCAGACACCAAACCCACCGCCUCCUCGGUUUCCCCGCCCAACUCGACAAAAGGAAGCGCGACAACGGUCAAAGCGCCAACGAAGGACCUCCCGAGCGCGACGGCGAAGGUGGUCACGACGGCGACCGCCACCGUGCUGCUGAACGCCGAGGGGAAGCGGAUCUGCGGCGAAUGUCGCAAGAAGAUGCGCGCGGCGGAGAAGAAGAACCGCAUCGGGAGCAUUAACCCGACGGUCGCGAAACUCUCCCCCCUCGACGACGACGAGCUGCUUGAGCUCGGCUCGCGCCCCGCUAGCCGCGCACGCGGCGGCGCUGGGCGCCUGGGCUCGAGCGGCAGUGCGCCGGUGGGCGUGAAGGGCGCGCCCGCGAGGCCCACGAACGUGCGUCGCAUGUCAUCGGCGUCGAACGCGGGCAUGGCGCGCAUCGCCACGCUUCAGGGCGAGUCUGAUGACCUCGACGAUCUUCUGGACGACGAGGACGAGGAAGACGGGGGCGAAGAUGAGCUUGUUGAUAACGACGAGUUCAUGGCCGCGGUGGAUGCGGCGGAGUCUGGGGUAGGAGCGGGCGGGGAUGCGUUCUCGCCGUAG